GGUGGGAAACACUCGUGUCGGGGUCGAGGCUUUUGUGUUUGAAGACGUUCAAUCGAAAACUGUGAGGAUUUCGUCGUUUCCAGGUGUUCUACCGCGUUGGUGUGAGUUUUAGGAGGAUUCCAGAUGUUCUCCACAGCCGGUGGGAUGGUGUGAACUAUCAACCGUAAUAUGGAUAAAUGAAACUGUGUUAGAUGGUUGAGUUUUUUAUACAGAGAUUGCGAUUGGGAAUUAAUUGUACCCUGAAGUGCUAUUUGCGGUGCAGUAGUGGAGUUAAUUAACAUCAUAAUUUGGCUAAUUGAGGUGCUGAUUAAUGCAUAAUUUGUGGUGGCUUUUACAUGGUUGAAAACGGAGAGGAGAGAUUGAGAGAUCUUUACACGUUCAAGGACGCUCGAUAAUGUUGUGGUGUUACUUUACAGGAGCCAUAAGUGUAAAGAUGUUCAUCUUUGUAAUCCCACAGGGAGGAAGAGCAUUGUUGGCUGUGAGAGGGUUAUACCGGCCAACGUAAGAGUGUUGUGAGAAAAUCCACUGUUGAAAGGCAUUUCCGUUUUGCAAAGAAGAUAUUCGUGUUACAGUGUGAAAUGGAAUAGCUAAACAAGGCUCGUAAAUCGUUCCACCGGUGUAAGGGUAAACAGCAAAAGUGACUUGAUAAGUCAUGAUUUGAUGCACGAGGGUGGCCGGUUUCAUCAAAAAGAUUGUGCACGUAGUUAGUGUCGUAAAAUGUGAGCCUCCCCCGGAGAUUCGACGAUAUUGAAGUAGCUACAGGGCGAUGCUCGUAAAGUGACAUGACAUAAAGUGGGUUUCGGCAAUAAAAUAGACCGAAAACUCAGCUUCAGUGAAUCUGCAAGGGUUUGCCACAUCGGAGCAACCGGAGAGAAUGCUGUAAAAUGUGUAAUCAUCGAAGAGCGAUUUAAAAAGAUUAUUCGACUGAGACCUAUUUCGCCGAUGUGAUAAAUUGUUACUGUGUUUCGUUUAGUGGCAAUCCCAUUCAAACGACGAAAAAUUUAGUUCAAAACAGAAGACGGAAAAUUACGACAACCUGUGUGUUCAUGGUGUAAAGCAUAAAAUAAUAACCCGAAUUACAGUUAAUCCCAGUGUGAUUGAGGAUACCGUAACGGUCAAGGAUUAUAGGAUUCAAGUGAGCGAUAUAAGGUGAAGCAACACGAAGAACCAAUUACCGGUUUUUUGCCGAACGGAUUAACCAGCAUUCCUUAGUGGGAACAGUGACUAUAAAUCCCUCGUCUCAUCGUUUUUUCCCGCCGGUACGAGUGAAAUUGCUCGACAUGGAAGGAUAUUCCAUCUGAUUUCGUUACAGAACAUGGAUCUUUCACACGACUAGAAAAUAUGAAGCAUAUAGUGGUUGUGAUGGUUUUUCUUAACAUCAAUCAUGGCAUUACCUCCUCCUCACAGACAGUCGACAUCGAUGAGCCGCACACGUACACACCACCGAAGCACUACUUCCAGACGUCCUCCUUCGACGAUGCGGACCUGGAGGAUGACAUCGUGAAGAACCCACUGGACCGGGGACCGUACUUUGACAUCUCGGCAUCGAGGAAUGUGACGGCUCUGGUGGGAAACACGGCCUAUCUCAACUGCCGGGUGCGGAAUCUUGGCAACCGAACGGUAUCGUGGAUUCGGCACCGAGAUCUGCAUCUGCUCACGGUGGGCAAGGCCACCUACACCUCGGACCAGAGGUACCAGAGUGUACAUAAUCCUGCGCUGGACGAUUGGUCCUUGAAGGUGCUCUACCCGCAGCCACGGGAUUCGGGAGUGUACGAGUGUCAGAUAUCUACAACGCCCCCGGUGGGAUACUCCAUGACACUGUCCGUUGUCGAGCCCAUCACGACGAUAGUCGGCGGACCAGACCUGUACAUCGACACCGGUUCGACAGUGAACCUGACCUGCAUCGUACGACAUCUGCCCGAACCGCCACCGGUCAUACUGUGGACGCACAACGGCGAGGAAAUCAACUACGACUCGGCACGUGGCGGUGUCUCGGUAAUCACGGAGAAGGGUGACAUCACGACCUCGUAUCUGCUGAUACAGCGAGCAAGAACUACCGACUCGGGCAAAUAUACGUGCUCGCCCUCGACGGCCAAUCCGAUCACGGUGAACGUUCACGUGCUCAACGGCGAACAUCCGGCUGCCAUCCAGGGUGCGCAUUUGCUGCGAAGUAAUCGUAUCCUUGCCGCUGGCUGCUGCCUGGCGCUGUUCCUCCUGUCCAUCCUAGGCGACCGCUGGCCAGCUGUCAGAUAAAACUGGCCAUAAAUCAGCACCCGGCUCGACGCUCGGACCGGGACCACCGCGGCGUAAGGGGAACCCACCCUCUGCUCCCCAACACGGAUGACAUCAAUGGUACAGUUCCGGCAAACUCCGGUAAAGUAGUGGAGGAAAUAAUAAUAAGUUACAGCAGAAAGCAAAAAGCAAAAAAAAUGGAAAUAAUUGGACGAACGAACAUCCCUCGUGGAUCACUAGAUCAUUUUUUUUUUCAUCGGGAAUUCAAGAUAAAAGGAUAGUUUUUCUCGUCUCGUGUGAGUAUGCUUGGAACAUAGUGGAAAUGCUAGUCUGGAGGCUAGCAAAGGGGAACAAAUAACUAACAUUUCCAGUUUCGAAAAAGAUCACUAGCACUGCAUAAAUAGCUGACGGGACACUAGGUUGGGAAAUGCAUCGCAGAAAAUUGGAGUGUGGAGUGUACGACAGACGGGUACUGCUUAGUAUCAUAUGAUGUUAAUUCAGCACUCGAAUAAGAAUGGUAUUGAAACUACUAGUGGGCGAAGUAACAGACAUCUCAUAUCAGAAAAUUUCUUAUAGGUCGCUGUUAUUUAUUAUAUUAAUUUGAAUAGUAUCAUAUUGAGGGCCACUUAUGCAGUGUAUUUUUGCAUUUUCUAAAUAGGCUGGGAAGAGAAUUUUCAGUACCAGAAUGAUGGAAAAAGAUGUUCUACACACUUUUUAAGUGGAAAAUAGUUGUUUUUAUUUCGCAUCACUCCACUCGGUCAUGCAUCUUUUUUGUGCAGGUAUUUUGAGUGCACGUCUAUCCUUUCUACUAAUUUGUAUACACAGGCAUACAUUCUGGAACAAUGCUUCCGACUGUAAUAUUUGUUUGGGGCUCUCACUCUAGUCAUUUGCGAUUUCCGGUGGUUAGAAGACCGAGUUUGUUUUCCUAGCCAGCAAAACUGCUCAGAGUACAAAGCUUACAAUUUAACAACAGUUUUGCUAGAUCAUGUUUGACCAGCUGAAGUUGGUCGAACGUUGUCUGAGUUGGUCUAAGCAUACAGACAAAGUGGACCGACUGAAGUAAUUUCUGUCGUGAAUUUGCAAUCGAGAGUUUUGAUGUAGUACUGAAACAGAGCGGUGAGAUCAGCAGCAUCCGUUAUAUAUGUUCGGUACGAAACGGCUUAAAUGGUACAGUUUCAUAAGGACUUAAGGACAGAGUAAUAACAUUGAUUGAUGCUCGUCGUAUAAUAACGUUAAAUUUUUUGAAUCAACCUAAAUCUGGUUUAAUGUGUAUUGUUAAAUGUAUUAGGUUACUUUAUGCUGAAGUUAGGUUACUGAAAGAACGCUCUAAAAAUGGUGGAAAUUAUUCAAUGGUGAAAUAGAUUCAUUUUAAGAUUUAAUUCACCAUUAGAUUAAGGAAGGUUAUUUGUAUGUUCAUUAAGAUUAUGUUAUUCCGCAAGCUUUACCCAAAACUAUCUUUAUUCUUGAAGUAAACUAGCACAGUCAUUUAUUUUAGUUAACUCUGGGAUAAUAUAUAGCGGCAUCAUUGGAGGAUCUUUCCAGGAUAUUCGAUAUUGAGUAUAUUGUUCAAAACUUCAAUCAAUUUGUUUUUAUAGUAUGCUGUCUAAAACUUCAUAGUCUAAUACACUUUUCAUCAUACAGUAAAGACUCGUUUUAUUGGCCCCUUUGUGUAUUUUGAAUCUGGACAUAUAUUUUCCUUUCUUUUCAAUUAACUUAAGCCGUUAAACAUUCUUCUUUAGACGUAGCCUCUACUCUUUUUUGUUUAUUUUGAAUAUAUUUUCCUUAAAAGCAUCUUCCAGUGUAAAAUUUAAAAAAUAAUGUUGCAUUAUUUUUUGCAUAUUUUGCUUCUUUGCGAUAAACAAUGAGCCCACUAAAGCGUUUACUCGAAUUUGACAUGAUUCGACUGCUGAAACCCUUCAAACGGAUUUUCAUGCGGGGCCGAUAAAAUCGGGAACUGAUAAAAAACACUGUAUAACGGGUACAGGUUUUCCUGACUUUAGUCUUAGACUUUAGUCUGAUAGACUCUGUAAGUUAGAUGCAGCAAUCCAACUAUGCAGCUGUUGGAAUUUCAUCUGAUUUCAGAUAUCGGAUUUCGGAUUCCAGAUUUCAGAUUCCAGAUAUUGGAACCUGAAAUUAGGACACUGAUCCCGAUAUAGAUUCCGGAAAAACUAAACUAAACUAAAAUGUUCUGAGAGCUAAUUUAAAAGUUUUAGCAGGUAAUGUGAUUUUCCUUCAUAUUUUCCCAUAGUUGGCAGCAUUGGAAAACUUUCAAUCGAAGUUGUCCAAAUGAUAUGAAAUUUGGCAUCUGAGCUUACUUUUAUAUUUGGCACAAUAUGCCUUUGAGAAUCCAAAAUUAGUUGUUUUAUGGCAAUGACCUAAUGGAUCUCCCACACUGGUAUGCAUAUCGCAAUGUAUGCGGCGGAUACUCAACUUAACAUUCCUGAUGUAAUGAUCGACUGUCUGUUUCGAAGCAGAAAAGACCUUGCUCUGAUAGGCCUAAAACUAUUGGCUUCUUUAUAGAUUGAGCGCCUACCUUUAGGAACACUGGCGGCUCCAGGGAGGGGCACGGUAGGUAGUGCCCCCCCCCUAUUCGACCAGAAGCUGUUUUGGUAAAAAGAUGUUUGUAUUUCCCUACUUCAAUAUGCCAAAUAUUUUAGAAACGAUGAGUUUAUUUUUUUAAUGUUACCACUUCAUUUAACCAAGUGUAAGCAAAUUCAUUAAAUUUGGUAACAAAUGCAAUUUCGAUUUUUUUAGCAAUAAGUAAAGUAUUGACUCUAUUAGGGAUUGUGCUACCGGUAGUACCAGUAUCGAAAAUCCGGGGAAUACCGACUCAUUUUGGGUACAGUGAUGCCGCUCAAUAUUGCCCAUCUACAGGAUAUAUAAAAACACUAAUCGUGACAUUAAAGGUGUCAUUCGUCUCCGAUCCCUCAAUCCACGCUGGAUAGUGUUUGUAGACAGGGAAUUCAGAAGUGUCGCAGUUUUAUUGUACACAUUGGGACGAGCGAAAAUUUGAAAGGAGGGGGUGCUCACGCACGAUUAAUUUAAUGACUGCUUUGCCCUUGAGGAACUGUGAUAAUUUGAACGGAGAGAGAAUUGUUUGUUCAGUUAUGUAUGCUGUCAGACUCUCUAUACAUGCCUUUGUAGAGUGUAGUUAAAAUCUCGAACUUACAAACUGGAAACUAGCUUUUCCGCACAGUUUUAUCCUGAUCAAACCUUUCAAUAUUGGUGCCCAUUUCAAAAUAUCGACCAGCAAUAUGGGGUUACAGGUUUAAUGGGUCGAAAAUAAUUACAACGAUCUUGUUUAAAAUUUUCAAGUAUUUACAAUGAAUGGGAAAAAAUGUUACAUAAACGAAGUUCUGAUUUGUUCCCAUCAGUCGCUAUGUACCGACAUAAUUAGUUUGUGGCGUGACGCUGGUUUCGAUUUGCUAAAAUUUCUCUACAAAAGAACGAACACUGAUUUAGUACAUAACACUAGUUUACAAAUUUUGGGGUGAUUGCAUGAAGUUAAGAAAAAAGGUGUUUUCUAAGUCAAUAUUGGGUCGUUGAACACGAAAAUCAUAUUCAUUUUUUUUUUUUUCAAAGAACCGUUUUGAGAUUUUUUGAAAAACGAGCUUUUGAGCACUUUUUGCAGUUAUUGGUUAAUAUCUCAGGAACAAAUCUUCCGAUUAACACAAUCAACUCACCAUUCGAAAGGUAUUGAUGUGUUCAUUCCAAAAGUGCAUAACAUGUUUGGAUUAAAUAUCAAUAAUAUAGGGUUAAGAGCAACAAAAAUCAAAAAAGGAAUUUUUGGUAAAAUUAUUCAUUUUUAGUUGAUUUGUCAUAAAAAAAUAUUUUGGCAAAAAAAAUCUUUUGAAAUCUUAUGUGACAGACAAACUUCUCACGUGAAUUUUAAGCCUAAGAUCACGAAAAUCCGAUAAAAAAUGGUGAUGUUAUUAAGCACCGAGUGAAAAUUGUUUUGUUUUUCACAUAUCUCUUUUGGUCUUAAAUAAGAUCACACUAGUUUACAUGAAAAAUGAAGUUGUAUGAUAAAGUGUUUUCUAGAUUAAUUUUGGGUCGCUGAACACGAAAAUAAUACUCAAUUUCUCUUUCAAAGAAGUUCGAGUUUGAAAAAAAAUCUUUUGCUUCAUUUUUGGUUUUGCUCUGUUUUUUAUUACAGAAAAAUGAUUUUUCAUAUUUUCAGAAUCUUAUAUGACAGAUUUUAACAAUUUUAAGGUAAUCGCGAUAAGCUAAAAAGAAAGUUGUUUUCUAAGUUAAUUUUGGAUCGUUGAAUACGAAAACAAAGUCCACUUUUUUUAAAGAAGCAUUUUAAAAAAAAGUCUAAUGUUCGACCGUUUUUUAAAAGAAUGCAUAUUUCUAGUUAAUUUUUUAUAAUAGAUCAAGGACAGAAGAAUUUUUUUAAAAAUCUAAUGAGAUAAAUAAUCUUUUUACAUAAAUUUUAAGCCAAUGGUCACACAAAUAUGAUGAAAAAUGUAAAUGGUAUGAAGCACUGAGUGAAAACUGUAACUUUUUAUUUUUUGCACAAUCAUAUUUUCGGCUGAAAUAAUCUUCUAUACUUGAUAGUUAUUGUUUGUGUUGGCUACUGUCUUCUCGAGCUUGCAUCCAUCCAUCCUGCGCCAUUUGAAUGGUUUUGGAUAUUUCAUUUUACAACUAAGUUCUCUUUUUAAAAUGUGGGAAAUUGGGAAUAUUCGUUGGAAAAGAUUUUUGUCUGUGGUGAGUAAAUAUUUAACGAAUUAAAGGAAUUUUCGCUUUCUGCUUCAACAGGGUUCGCAGCCUAUUCUCAGUUCACAGAACAUUACGUGGCUAGUGCUACAAUCCCACUGAGUCCCGAUAGGGACUCGAAUAUUUGAUGACUGGCUUAUGAGACCAGUGCUACACGCCCUAAACCGUCGCACCAGGGCCGGGACUCCUAAAAUCAUAAAAUUUCCAUUUCGCUCAAUGUGCCAUAGCAUCAAUAUUUUUCAUCCGAUGUUAGUGAUAUUAGACUUAAAAUUAACGUAAACAUAUUAUCUGUCAUCUUAGAUUCUAAAAGGUCUGAAAAAAGAUUUGUUCUUCUGUAAAAAAAGCAAUUAAAAAUGAGUAACUUUUAAAAAUGGUAAAAAAUGCACUUUUUUAAACUUUGGACGCUUGCAGCACUACAAAUUUUACAUAUGAUCGACACAUAUUAUAUGUUUUUGGAAAGGGUAUCUCGGCACCUUUCAACUUGAAUAUUGACUAUAUUAUAUGGAUGAUUUUGACACGAAAUACUGAACUACAAAAAGUGCUCAAAAAUGAGUUUUUUGAGCAAAUCACAAAAUCGCUUCUUUGAGCAAAAAAAUGAAUAUUGUUUUCGUGUUUAGCGACCCAAAAUUAGUCUAAAAAAUACUUUUUUUUUAAGCUUAAUUUUUCUUGUAAACUAGUGUAAUUUUACGCGCGAUUCCUACGAAUUGUCGCGAAUGGCGAGUGGAGGAAGCCUGGAAUUUCAAAAAAGAGAAUCAGGAAAACCGUUCUUUAACAUAAGGUUUCUGUACAGUGAAUUGUGAAAUCUGAUCCAAAGAAUCAUGGAUUUGAAAGUUCUAUUCCACUAUGAAGUUCUUCAUGAUUAAAAUAAAUAUUUAACCCCUUCAUACCCAUGUUGUUUAUAAACAACAACGUUUUUACACGUCCAUGACCAUUGAUCCAGGCAAGAAUUUCUCACUAAAACAAGUAAGACUAAUUGUGACUGUCAUCUUUCAUUUAAGCUGGAAAAACGUAAAACUGAAAGUAUUGCAAUUAGUGUGAUUGGAUUCCUAUGAAGUAGUGCUUCCAGGAACAGUAUAAGUCAACAGUGAAAAGUGGAAUUUUGAUACAUAUUCGUUAAGUUGUCAACAGUUUUUACGGCAUUUAUUUAGCAAGGGACUGGAAGGUGAAGUAUAAUUUUCAAUAUUUAGAGCCAUAGUAGGGGAGAGAGGGUAACAGUGGAUCAGCAGGAACUAUGAAACAUUCGCAAUAAAAUCACAAUGCAUGAUCGGAAUCGUCUAAUUCCCUCAUAUUUCACAAUUUCUAAUUCUUUACACGUGUUGCUAUAUUUUGGAAGAGAUCUGAUAACUCUAUCUCUUUUAAUGGAUAUUUGUUUGUUUUGUGAUAGCCAGAGUAAAUUUGCAAUGAUAAACAUUAUUCCAUCUUUAUGAAUUACCAUUCAUUGAA